ACGUAGUAAAUGCUGUUGCUGCGUAUUGCAUAUAGCAAAGUGGUUGACACGUUUAACACUCGCGCAUCUCCGGAAGUGGGGUUUGUUAUUCGUAACUCAAUAUGGCGGACACUAAGGAACGUAAACAGAGUGGCGAUUGUGAUACCUCAAACGUUGACCCUCUGGGGAAACGAGAGAGGAUUGAACAUGUUGACAUAAACGAUAAGGAUGAGGUCGAAGAAACAGGUUGGCCAAUUCAAAUAAUAUUGGCACAUCCGGAUCAUACCUUUGAAUUGGACGAAGAUGCGCUCACGAAAAUUCUUCUUCAGGAUGAAAUCAAAGACAGGAGUGUUGUCGUUGUCUCAGUCGCUGGGGCAUUCAGAAAAGGAAAGAGUUUUCUCCUCGACUUCUUUCUUCGUUACAUGAACAGCAAGUAUGUGGAGUACGAAAUAAAGAACGAUGAAUGGCUGGGCAAUGAGAAUGAUCCAUUGGGUGGAUUUUCGUGGCGCGGUGGCUCUGAACGUGACACAACGGGAAUAUUAAUGUGGUCAAAAGUAUUUCUCAGUACAUUGGAAAAUGGUGAGAAAGUCGCGAUACUUUUAAUGGACACACAGGGCACAUUUGACAGUCAAUCAACUGUCAGAGAUUGCGCAACUGUAUUUGCACUAAGCACAAUGGUAUCAUCGGUACAAAUUUACAAUCUUUCGCAAAAUAUACAAGAAGAUGAUCUUCAACAUUUACAACUCUUCACUGAAUAUGGACGAUUGGCAUUAGAAAAAUCAGGCAGCACACCAUUUCAAAGGUUGCAAUUUCUCGUUCGUGAUUGGAGUUAUCCUUAUGAGGCCGAUUAUGGAUCGGAUGGUGGACAAGUAAUAUUAGAGAGGCGAUUACAAAUUUCUGACAAACAACAUCCCGAAUUACAAAGUCUAAGGAAACAUAUCACAUCAUGCUUCUCGGAUAUUUCCUGUUUUCUCAUGCCACAUCCAGGUCUCAGUAUCGCCACAAAUCCAAAAUUUGACGGUCGAUUGUCCGACAUUGAAGCGGAAUUUAAGAAACAAUUGAGAAAUCUCGUGCCAAUGCUUUUAGCGCCGGAAAAUUUGGUGACGAAAAAAAUAAACGGACAAGUUGUUAAGGCUAGAGAACUUGUCGAAUAUUUUAAAAGUUAUAUUAAAAUUUAUAAAGGAGACGAACUGCCCGAACCGAAAAGCAUGCUUGUUGCAACUGCCGAGGCCAAUAAUUUAUCGGCAGUAGCCGACGCUAAGGAAUUGUAUAUGCAAAUGAUGGAUACCGUUUGCGGUGGAACGAAACCCUUUUUGGCGACCGCACAUAUCGAAUCUGAACAUCAACGAUGUGUGGACAGAGCUCUACAUCAAUUUCAAAAUAAACGUAAAAUGGGCGGCGAAGAAUUUAGUCAAAUGUAUUUGGAGAAAUUGAUAAAAGAUAUGGACGAGGCUUUUCUUCAGUUCAAGGCGCAUAAUGAGAGUAAAAAUAUUUUCAAAGCAGCUAGAACACCAGCAGUGUUUUUUGCCAUUGCUGUUACAAUGUACAUUUUCUCCGGUAUUUUCGGACUUGUCGGUCUCAAUACAUUUUCCUACGCUUGUAAUGUCACAAUGGGCGUUGGAUUAUUGACUCUAGCCUUAUGGGCAUACAUAAGGUACAGCGGUGAAUUCAGAGAAAUUGGGACUAAAAUAGACGAACUGGCGAAUGCUCUUUGGGAAAAUAUCAUGAAGCCGCUUUAUCAGCAAUUUAUGGAAAAAUCAGUCACUGCAGCGGUUGCACGUAGUGCAGAAUUGGCGACAAAUUCGACGAUUAAUGCAACAAUUGCAUCGAAUGGUAAAAUGAAAUUAACAUAACGAUCGAUUAAACAUUUUUUUUUUAGAUUAAUUCCAAGUUUACCACAAAAAUGCAAACAAAUUCCCUCAUGCACGUUUGUAUUUGAAAACAUUAGUAAAAUUAUCAACUUGGAAAUGUGAAAAA